GGUGGAUUGGCAGCAACAGGAAGGAAGACAGCAGCACUGGGCAGGACCUGGUAGAGAGGGGCCGGGCUUGGGCGGGCACAGAGACCAGGGACCCUCCGCUCCAGUCCCACACGUGGGUUGAACACACGCAGCCCAGUGGAGGGGCUCUCCGUAGUCUUACGCCUGGACUUGGGACCGGCACGCACGCAGCGCGCGCACAGAGUGACACACGCCGUGUGCCACACUCACACACACGCCCACAUUCAGAGGCGUUGUGCACCGCAGCUGGGCCUCCUGCCAGCUCGCAGCGCGUUGUGCUCCCUGCUUCCACCGCCAUGGCUGAAGGUGCCUACCUAGGAUGGGACUUCAGCACCCAGCAGGUGAAAGUCAUUGCUGUUGAUGAAAAACUGAAUGUCACCUAUGAGGAGAGUGUUAAUUUUGAUAAAGAACUUCCAGAAUUUGGGACCCAGGGUGGAGUGCACGUUCAUAGUGACAAACUCACAGUGACUUCUCCUGUUUUAAUGUGGGUCAAGGCCUUGGAUAUAAUCUUGGAGAAGAUGAAGUCUUCUGGUUUCAACUUUUCUCAAGUCAAAGCUUUGUCUGGGGCUGGCCAGCAACAUGGAAGUGUAUACUGGAAAAGAGGGGCCUGCAAAACUUUGAAGAAUUUAUCCCCUGAUCUUCCUUUACACCAGCAAUUAAAGUUCUCUUUCUCACUCUCUGAUUGUCCCAUCUGGAUGGACUCUAGCACUACAGUGGAAUGCCGUAACCUGGAGAAGGCUGUUAAAGGAGCCCAGAAUCUCAGCGAUAUUACAGGGUCCCGGGCAUAUGAGCGUUUUACAGGAAACCAGAUAGCAAAGAUUUUCAAGGAGAACACUGAUGCCUACUCACAAACAGAGAGAAUCGCUUUGGUUAGUAAUUUUGCGGCUUCCCUCUUCCUUGGAUCCUAUACACCCAUUGAUUACGGUGAUGGUUCUGGGAUGAAUUUAUUGAACAUACGUAAAAAAUCCUGGUCCCAGCUCUGCCUUGAUGCAUGUGCACCUGAGUUAGAGGAGAAACUUGGACCAGCGGUACCCUCGAGUUCAGUACUGGGACCCAUUUCUUCCUAUCAUGUUCAGCGUUACGGGUUCAACUCUGAAUGUAAAGUGAUAGCCUUCACUGGAGACAAUCCAGCAUCAUUAGCUGGAAUGAGACUGGAAGAAGGUGACAUUGCAGUCAGCCUUGGCACCAGUGAUACUCUGUUUCUCUGGAUCAAGGAACCAACUCCUGCUUUAGAAGGUCACAUCUUCUGUAACCCUGUUAAUUCUCAAGAAUACAUGGCCCUUUUGUGCUUUAAGAAUGGGUCUCUGAUGAGAGAGAAGGUCCGAGAUGAAUCUGCUUCAGGCUCCUGGGAUGAGUUCUCUAUAGCUCUACGAUCCACUGAAAUUGGAAAUUGUGGAAAUCUGGGUUUUUAUUUUGAUGUGAUGGAAAUUACUCCAGAGACCACUGGGCGUCACAGGUUCAAUGCAGACAAUCAGAAGGUAUCAAACUUUCCUAAAGAGAUGGAGAUCAGAGCUUUGAUUGAAGGACAGUUCAUGGCCAAAAGGAUUCAUGCUGAAAAGCUGGGCUACAGAAUUGUGCCAAGGACCAAGAUUCUGGCUACUGGAGGAGCCUCACAUAAUAGAGACAUCUUACAGGUUUUAUCUGAUGUGUUCAAUGCCCCAGUAUACACUAUUGAAACUGCCAACUCAGCUUGUUUGGGAUGUGCUUAUAGAGCAAUUCAUGGUGUUGCCAUAGGGGAGAACAUUUCCUUUACUGAUGUUGUGAAAUUAGCCCCAGAGCCCAGAUUAGCCGCUGUACCAACUGCUGGAGCAGCUCAGGUUUAUGGACCACUCCUCAAGAGGUAUGAUGAGUUGGAACAGCAGAUUGUCCUGGAGUCCCAUGCAUCACCCAACUGAAAAGUCAGGUGCUCCAGAAUGCUAUGAAUGUUGAAAAGAGGAAUCGACAUGUUCUGAAAUUUCCUGUGAUUGUUCCCGUUUGUUCCUCUGGUUAAUCAAGCAUAAUGAGUAGGGGUCCAACUCAACAGUCUCCUCCUAGGAAGCUGCCUUUCACUGCUCUGGUCUACACUGAACCCUCCUCUGAUCUUGUACACCAAACCUGAUUAUGUACUGCCAUCGAAUGCUGUCUGUUGCAAUGAUGUGUCUUGUCUCCCCAACUAGACUUUAAUAAUUUUAAUCACUAAUUGCUUUAAAGGAAGGUCCCAGAUUCCAUGCAUAAAUUUGCCCUGAACAUUGUCUCACAAAAAUGUUAAGAUUUCACCUAAACUCCCUGAUAAAGUACAACAUUUCCUAAACAAUGUUCGCAAGCAUCUAUGACAUGCUUUCACCAAAACUCUUUAGGUAGAAUGUGUACGUUGUCUGUCACGAGCCCGAGUACUCAUUAAAGGCUAAUGGAAAUGAAUUGAAAUCCAAAUAAAAUGAAUUAUAGCUUAUA